AUGGCAGAACACAACGCAAGCUCUCACAUGACAAGCGAUCCCACGAUGGCCCUGCGAGACGGAGUCGAGGUAGAGCAUGCGGCGCACCUGGUCCAGAAGCGUCGGGUGGAGCAGUCGCGCCUUGACAUCUGCCAGGCUGAGCCUGAGGGCGAACGGCUCAGCAGCAGAAGCCAGCAGGCGGGCCGCAGCAGCGGCAGUGAGACUGCAUUGCAAUUUUUUCCUCCUUCGCUGGGCGCCCUUCCACCUUCGGCCAUCGCCACCUUCGAGCGCCUGCGACUCGCGUCCGGAAAGCAGGAGGCGCUGCUCGGCACCUCAGACGACGAGCCGCUUCUGCUCGGCCCUGGCCAGCAGCUGGACCUGCCACUGCGAAUCUGGUGGCCGUCGGAAUUGCGGUACGCUGUGCGCUGUGCCGACGGCCAGUCUCUCGGCUUCGAGCUGUGGUUCGGAGCGGCGGCCGAAAGCGACGGCGACGAGGGUGGCGGCCGCACAGAGAGGGCCAGCGAGGAGGACGGCGUCGAAUAUGCUGGUGGCGCCAAUGCAGCAGGACGUCGGAAGCUACUCGGCCUCACCGUCGAGGGCGAGCUUCACGGGACGGCGCGCCUCGACACCGGCAGCGCCCUCGUGAGGCUGCACAACCUCGCAGCGUGGUUCAGCACGGCCUGCGUCCACAUUCGGCUGCGACUGGUUCCUCUUGGUGCCGCCGCCUCUCGCGCGGCGGCGGCCGCCGGCAGCGUCGAGGGAGGGCGCGGCAUCGCCGCGGCGGGAGAGGAGGAGGCGGCGGAGGAGGCGCGGCUUCGCGCCGCGUACGCCACGCGUCUGCGCGCGGACGAGGCCCAGCUGGUGGAGCGAGUCCGGGAGCUGCGCCUCCGGCUCGCGGCGGCCGAGGACGAGCUC